AUGAAGCAGCUGUGCUGUUCAUGUCUGUUGUGGUUUGGACUCCUACAGGCUGCUUUCUCCUGGGAGGAAAUGGAGAACAGACCCAGGAAGCUGUGCGGCAAGCACCUGCUGUCACAAAUCAUAAAGCUCUGUGGCCAAACCGAUUGGACACAGUUUGAGAUCGAUGAGCAAACUUCUCUGGGACACAUCCCUCAUCAGAGCUCACAUCCGCCUAAAACCCUCAAACCUGAGCAAAUCCCUUCUUCUUCGGCCUGGAGAAAAUUCACACACCCAGUCCCUGCAUCUACCUCUCAGGAGAAAGUAAUAAACACUUGGGAAGGCCAGCCAGUGCCCGACUAUCAGUUUGAGAACACCAACGUGGUUCCUGAGAACACAAGAAAGUUUUCAUCCCAUGAUGCCAAUCCCUAUCCUGGUGUUGUAAAACUUCAGAAGAAAAGCACAGACAAAAUCAACACCCACAGCAGCUUAUUUGGGAGGAAACAUCCCCAAAGGGAACAAAGAGGUUUCUCAGAUAAAUGCUGCCUUAAAGGGUGUACAAAGGAAGAGCUGGCCGUUGCGUGUCUCCCGUAUGUUGAUUUUAAAACAAAUAAUAAACGUCACUGGUAA